ACUUUUUUUCUCCUUUUUUUUUCCUCCCAAAGAGACAAAACUCCAUUUUCUUAUGAAUGGAAAGUGAAAAAAUCCGAUCCGCUUAAAUUGGGAUCCCUUCCUGUAGCGGGAGGACCCCCUAAAAAUAAAUCAGACGGGGGAUCUAGCAAAAAUAAGGAAGAGCCAGAGAGAGAGAGAAGCAAUGACCAUGACUACAAUGCCAGAAAGUCUUAAUAGCCCCGUGUCAGGGAAGGCUGUGUUCAUGGAGUUUGGGCCACCGAACCAACAGAUGCCUCCUUCCCCCAUGUCCCACGGACACUAUUCCAUGCAUUGCCUGCACUCCCAGCACGACAGCUCGUACAGCAGCGCCUCGUCUUUCUCCAGACCCCUGGGUUACCCUUAUGUCAACUCGGUGAGCAGCCAUUCCUCUAACCCCUACAUCAGUACCGUGCAGCCUUACCCCAACAGUUCCAGCCUCAGCCAGACCCGCUUAGAGGAGACAGGGGCAGAAACAGAAAAAAGCACCGUGGUGGAAGGUGGAGAAGUUCGAUUCAAUGGGAAAGGCAAAAAGAUUCGCAAACCCAGGACUAUUUAUUCCAGUUUGCAGCUGCAGGCUUUGAACAGGAGAUUCCAGCAGACUCAGUACCUGGCACUGCCUGAAAGGGCAGAGCUGGCAGCUUCCCUGGGACUCACCCAGACACAGGUAAAAAUCUGGUUUCAGAACAAAAGAUCUAAAUUCAAAAAAUUAAUGAAGCAAGGAGGGGCAGCAUUAGAAAGCAGCGCAUUGGCUAAUGGUAGGGCUCUAUCUGCCAGUUCCCCACCAGUAUGGAACACCCCCACUUCUGCUGGUAAGACCUCCUCUGGGACCCCAGGAGCUUACAUCCCAAGCUACACAUCAUGGUACCCAUCAGCCCACCAGGAAGCUAUGCAGCAACCUCAGCUCAUGUGAUGUCAAAGAUACAGUUGUCCAAUCUCUUGGUCCACAAUAAAUAUAUAUAUUAAAAAAAAACUAAAUAUACCUACAAAAUAUGAAAUCCAUUCAUAGAGAAGAUGGACUCUGUGGCUUUAGAGCCACGGCCACUCCAAAUAUGACGUGGAGGAGUAUAGCACAGACAAGCAGAUAACAUGGGCUGGUACCCAGUUGUAACAGCUGACAGUGCAGACACCGACUUUCUAACUAGGUUUUAAGGAAAAACCUGGUAGCAGGAAAAGAAUAAGACACGUGUACUGGGGACAAUCACAAAAAAAAAUGUUUUGGAAGUAUUAGUGGGAAAAAUAUCAAGUCUUGUCUGUCUUUGUUUCGAUGAUGUGGUUUAGCCAACCUCUUAGGCCAAACAAUAGUAAUUGUAAUUACAAAUAUAUUUGUCCUGUAAUGAACAAACAAAUCCAUGUUUCUAGUAUGGAGAAAAAAAAAAGUUUGUUUUUCUUUUUUGUUUUUGAUGUAUUUAAAAAAAUAAUAAUUUAUUUAUUUGGGAGUGAGAGGGAUAUUGU